UCGUUGGCCCAGUCCUCCACCGUUCCGCAAGCUUUGGAUCUUCGCUAAGUACUUCAUAAAGCAGUUGAGAUCACGGGUUAGGUGUAACCAAGUAAACAAGAAAAGUAACUAUGCCGAUUAGGUUGUCGAUUAAGAGACUCGUGACCGUGACCAUUUCAAAAACUCAUGGCGGAGAUGUCUCCGGUUAUGUCCUCCGACACGCUACCACCCGGUUCGACCGCCUCUUCACCGCAUUUAGGCAAACCGAGAGCAUGAGAGACCGUCACGACGAUAGGUCCACAGCGAGUUACGUGUCAGAUAAGGCAAAGGAAGGGGUGAAGAAAGCGACGGAUGCAGCCUUGAACGCAGGAGAUAACAUGAAGGAUGCCAUGGACGGGGCCUGGAAAGCGGCCAAGGAAACGGGACAGAACAUAAGCGAAGCCGUUGCCGGAGAUGAUGACACCGGCGAUAGGAUUCAAGAGGACAAGGUCGCGGUGGAGUUGAAGGAUGUGAGCCAGCCUGUUGAUACGACGGAGUAUAGGGGUGUGGAGGAACUACAUCAGCAAACCGACGGUGAAAAUAAGUCACCGUGAGAGAAUGUGUUUGGCUGCUUAUUUAUUGUCUUCUUUUUUUUAUCAUUGUUGUUUGUUUCAGUAAAAUGUUGCACUUGGAAAGUUUAAGAAUGUUGCUAGAAUGUUUACAUUUUGUUUUUUAUCAGUUAAAGUGGGAAAAUAACAAUUGUUUUGAAGUUUGAACUA